UCUGUGUCAGAAAGCGGUUUGACCAAAACCUUUAAACAACUCUUUGUGGGUGUGCUGACAUGAAUUUCGUCUGAAGUAAUUUAAACUUAGCCACAGCGUAUAACUUACAUGCAAAACUAAUCAAGUCCUUGCUUUAUAUAUUUGUGCCACCUGUGACCCAUGUGUCCAGACUGGGCGUUAUGCCCCUACAUGUCUGUGCAGACAGCAGACCUGUGAAGCAUUGUUCAGAUUGAAAAAAAAAAAAAGACAAAAUAAAUCAUCUUAGAAAGAGGGUAAGAAAUUCUGGGAAAUUCUGUUGCCUCACUUAGGGCACGUCAUUUCCUCUUUUAUGACAAAUGUGUGGUUUCUGUUUUUUAAAGAAGUUUUAAAGCAGCGUGAUUAUGACAAGUCCACACAACUUGAUUGUGAGAAGCAGAGGAGAAUGAAUGGUCAUGUAAAGAAAAUGCGUUUUCAACGGUUUCUGGAAACAGCAGCAACAUUACUCUAUUUCCUGCUGCUGCUGGCGGUUUAUUCAUCAACAAGUGUGGCGGCAAGCAGAAACCAGUGUGGGAAGGAUUUGAGACAGACUUUGAAGCUCACCAACCUCGUUUACCGGGAAACUGUGGCUCUGACCAAAUUAUACGUAGCGUCUCAAGGAGAUGGUUUCCAGCAAGGCUUCUGCAAGGCUUCAGUGAGUGGCAUCCCAGACCCUAACAUCUCCGGGCUGGAGCCCUCAGAGAGGAUAGCGAGCAUCUACACACAACUCCAAGCCUUCCUCCUUCACCUGAAGCAAGUGCAGGAGCAGCAAGAGAACCUGCAACCCCCAACGAGCCAACUUCUGGAUCAGCUCACCAAGGUUACGGCCUACAGCAAGAGGCUACUUGUUCGUAUAAAAGCUUUUUAUUCCGUCCUCUUCCCCAACCUGCCGCUGCCAGAGCCAGCGGGUGGACCCACAACACUACCCCCGGCUCAGAACGUCUUCCAGCAGAAGGUCUACGGCUGCGUGGUCCUGACCACCUACAAGAAGCUCCUGCUGAACAUUUCUAAGGAGCGAAAGACUCUGAAAAGCAAAGUCUGCGGAACGAGGAGGCCGAUGAACACAAUGAACUUCUUUAGAUGACCUGAGGCUGGCCUUAGGCACAACGUUCCCAGCUGCACUUUACACACACAGCUGAUGAAAGACUUCAAAAGAUGAAUGAGUAUGAAGGUGGCGGGUACAUCACUAUUAUGGAAUGUAUUUAUGAUAUUUAAUAUUUAUUUUCUCGAGUGCUUGUAGUGGGAGAGAGGCGGUUCAGCGUGUGUUUUGUUCGGUUGAUGUAAAUUCAAGCUGCACUGUUGGAUUAUGUCUGGUUGCAUUCAGAACCCAGAAAAAGGAAAACAUGCAGUCUGUACGUACGUGUCACGCCCCGAUGAAAUAAAAAACGUUUCUGCAACUUUAACAAGUCUUUUAUUUUUAACAAGCUUAAGAAAUGGAUCAUGUGCUGUUUUCCAAAUCCUUCCA